CGUUUGUCUUUUAGAUUUCUAUACUAUAAAAAUAUUUUGUGUGUUUUGGAAAUAAUAACUUGUUUUGAAAUAUAAAUAACUUCUCUAGACCAAGAUGGACGAGGAACAAGGAGGACUAACAGAAGAUGAUUUCUACAUACCGCCGGUGAAGUACGAAUAUCUUGAUCACACAGCAGAUGUUCAAUUGCAUGCAUGGGGAGAUACUUUGAAAGAAGCCUUCGAACAAUGUGGAAUGGCCAUGUUCGCUUACAUGACUGAAAUGGAAUAUGUUCAGAUCAAAGAAGUUCACACUGUAGAAGCAAAUGCUGAUGAUCUGAUGGGCUUACUUUAUCAUUUCCUUGAUGAAUUACUCUUUCUGUUUUCUGUAGAACCAUUUCUGAUUUGUAAGAAACUAGUGAUAACAGAAUUUAAUACAGAAGAAUUUAGGAUAGUUUGUAAGUGUUAUGGUGAAGAGUUCCAGAUUGGUAAACAUCCUCAAGGAGCUGAGGUUAAGGCUAUCACUUAUUCAGCUAUGCAAAUCAUAGACCAACCUAAGGAUAAUAAAUAUGAAGUUUUUGUAAUUAUUGACAUUUGAAUAUAUUUAUUUUUUAAU